GGUGGACGACAUAGUGGAAGUAGAGACGGUUGUCUACCCCUCGGGAUGGUUGAAGGGUAUUAUUAACGCGACAGGGGACUGUGCGAUGCAAAAAAUGAGCAGGUCGUCGCCGCGCAAGACAAUUAAACAGGAUGCGGGAGCUACAAGUAGUGACGUGGGGCCCCUGUCCUAAUCGGCCCAGUGGCUCAGACAAGGGAAAGUGCAAUCGCCAGCCACCGCAUGAUUGGCGAAUGCCCGCUGGUGCCGCUUUCAACUUUCCUUCAGUUCUCCAUUAUCCAGACUCUCACCGAGCUUGUCUCCGUUGCACCAGCCUCGAUUGCGGCGCAAUCUUACUGGCAUGUGAACUAUGGCAUCUCGGAAUGCCCGUUGAUGGGGCUGUACCCUUGCGCAAACACCAGACGAACUCGACUCGAAGUCGUCGCGAUCUCAAAUCCUGUCACUCACCGUUCGGACGCACAUCAUGAUUGCUAGGGGGUCACGGCACUCUCCCGCGUUACGAGCAGCCAAGUGCCUCGCA